AUGAGCAGGCUGUGCGUUGCAGAAGAGCAAUCUGUGCUGGCAGAAGACAAGAACAAGAGGUUACACAAAAUUGGGAAAAUGAAUAACAGCAAAGUGAAAGUGGCUGUGAGGGUUCGUCCUCUGAAUCAGAGGGAGAAAGGACUAAACUCAGAGUGUGUAGUUCGAGUCAAUGGAAACCAGAUUACCCUUUUGCCAUCUAUUUCCUGCAAGGAGAAAGACAGAAAAGAACCUCAUAUCUUCACAUUUGACAACUGUUUCUGGACAGAGGAUAGACCUGAAACUGGGCAGGAGGAUGUUUUUGAACAUCUCGGAGAUGGAGUUCUUGAGAACAUAUGGCUUGGUUACAAUGUGUGUAUCUUUGCCUAUGGCCAAACAGGUUCAGGAAAAACAUUUUCAAUGAUGGGGACAAAUAACCAACCUGGUAUUGUGCCAAGAAUCUGCUCUGCUUUAUUUAAUAAAGAGUCCAAUGAUGCAGAAACCAUCAGGAUUGAGGCUUCUUAUCUUGAGAUUUACAACGAGGAGGUUAGAGAUCUUCUAAAGUCUGCAAAAAAGCAAAAUAAACUAAGAGUUCGAGAAGGCAAACAAAUUGGCCCAUAUGUUGAGGAGUUAUCUUGCCAUGCUGUUCAAAGCUAUGAAAAGAUUAAAUUGCUGUUGGACCAGGGCAAUAAACAGAGGGCCAUUGCAGAAACCAAGAUGAAUGAGCAGAGUAGUCGUUCUCAUGCCAUACUAACACUGACCGUUACACAAACAUGUAACGAUCGCACAUCAGGAGCCUUCAGGGAGUUGGUGAGUAAGGUCAGCCUGGUAGAUCUGGCAGGAAGUGAGAGGUCCUACAAAUCUGGAGCCCAAGGCCGUCAGAUUAAAGAAAGUUGCAAUAUCAACAAAUCCCUCCUAACUCUGGGACUAGUCAUAAAUUCUUUGGCCGAAAGCUCAGAAAAUAAAAAGAGUCAAUUUGUGAAUUAUAGAGACUCUGUACUCACCUGGCUACUAAAGAACAAUCUUGGAGGAAACAGCAAGACAAUUAUGUUGGCCACGGUCAGUCCUGCAGCAGAUAAUUAUCAAGAAACGCUCUCUACCCUAAAAUAUGCAGACAGCGCCAAACGAAUAGUCAACCAAGCCGAGGUGAAUGAGGAUGUGAAAUCCAAAGCCAUAGAGGAGCUACAGGAGGAAAUAAAAAGACUCAGAGAGGCGCUGACAACAAGAGAACAAGUACAGGAACAAAAGUCACAGUUGAAAGAAACAGAGGUACAGGAACUAAAGUCACAGUUGAAGGAAAAAGAAAAUCUUCUUAGAGAUUUGGAAACCUCGUGGGAAGAAAAGCUGAAAAGGACCGAGGUUGCUACACAGGAAUGGCAAAAGAAUUUAGAGAAUAUGGGAGUCACUCUUAAUAAACAGGAUGUUGUAUUCAAAAAUGAAUGUUAUCUUACCCAACGUGGUAUACACUUAAUUAUCCAUCAUAUAAAUUAUAUCAUCAAGAUUGGCUCUGGACCUUCUCAAGAUAUCCAGAUCUCUGGUCCUGAGGCUGAGUGUGAACAUUGUGAGAUCACGAAGACAGAAGAAGGAGAGGUUUUUCUAAUUCCAGUUGACAACUCAAAAACCUAUGUCAAUGGCUCACCGUGUAACACGAAGACCCAGCUGUGGCAUGACGAUAAAAUACAACUAGGAACAAAUGUAUUUAUUUUACACCUUCCCAAAAGACCAAAGCCAGAACAUCAUGCAACUCUACCAAGUGAUGCAUUAAGUGUGCAGGAGUCUAGGGAGCGCCUGGCUGUCUUCUUCAGGGACCCCAACACCGAUGCAACAUGGCUAUUAAAGCUUUUCUCAGAACUUUCAGCCUUUAAAUAUGGGACUGUGUGUGGCUGCAUUUCUCAUCUUGGAAAAGAUAGAAUGGAAAUCUAUGGUUGAUAAAUCCUCCAUCAUUAUCCUGUAUCACUCUCACUCUUCAGAAACCCCUUGCCGCAUCUGUCUGAUCUGAAGACAUUCCUGGAUUACUGCCGAGAAAAACAUGGUCCAGAAAACAUAAAAGUUGUGAUAACUGAUGUGGAGGAUAUACAUUCGGAGAGGAAGAUUACAGAAUGGUGGAUGGUGGGAAGAUGCUGGGACUGGGAACCCCUGACUCUCAGCAAAGCAGAAAUGAGAUCUCUGACUGAACAUAAAAUAAACCUUCUAUCAGCAGAGAGAAGAAUGGCCAAUAAACUCCGACACAUCUACCAGAUCGUACACGAGGCUGCAAAGAAGAAAUUUAAUCAGGAAAUUGAGAAGGUAAAAUAUAUAUUUAAUAGCAAUUCCUCAUAUCAUUGUUCAUUCUACUGUAGAUCUAUUAUUUUUACAUUCUGUUUUACAGACCAAGCUGAG